AUGAACUUUGGUGAUGAGCGGGAUGAGAUUUGGCGACGUAUGAGUUGGUUGAGUCCCUUAUCCAUCCGCUUCACCCAUGCAGAAAUUAGUGCAGCAUUCCAAAAUGGUUGCGGUUUGGAUGCUACGAUUGAGAAGUUCUGCCGCAAUGAGUUGUCAGCGGAACACUUCAAGGAUGCGCCAUUGGAAGUCGUUUGGAAAGAUGGCUUCCUGUGGUCUCUGAACAACCGCCGGCUCUAUGUCUUCCGUGUGGCCCAUGCAUUCGGGUGCUGUAGCGUUUGCCCAUGCUACAUUACCCCACGAGACCUUCCAACAGUGGAUAGAGUCACAAGUCGGUGGAUGGAUGCCUUGACCAGCACGACCAACGGAAAACUGGUCAACGUGCGAGGUGGCAGCCAGUAUCAAGAUCUUCAAUUGGGACACCCCGUCAACGAUGAGGCGGCUGCAAGAUUGCGACUACCAUCCAUGGACCAGUUUAUGCGACGGAAAAUGACUGUCAUGGGAUUUUCAGAGCAAGAUUUGAAGACGUAUCAAGAGCGCUUGGAAAAGGAAGGUUUCACCUCGCUUUGUUCGCUCUUCGACCUCGCAUAUUAUCCACCUUCGGAUAUGCCAAAGUUUGGUCUUCCGAUCCGACUGCAACGGUCUAUCUGUGAUUUGCUCGCCAGUCCAGAACCCUUCGACUUUGUGAAUCGUGAUGGAGGCGGUCAAGCACCACAACUUGACACCUCUGAGCCUCCCAGCUACAAUUUUUCUGGGUGGGGUGAGCGUGGAAGCUGGACUGAGCCUGUGAGCUGGACUGAGCCUGCCAGCUGGAGUGAGUCUGCCAGCUGGAGCGAGCAUGCCAGCUGGAUUGAGCCUCAAGUUGCCAGUGGCCAGUGGAACUCGGCCGCAGCAUGGGAGAACGCUCCAAACCAGCAAAGUUGGGAGCAGCAAGCUGCGUGGGAACAGCCUUGGCAACAAUGCCAGCAGUGGCAACCGUGGCCACAGUGGCACAGCUGGCAAUCAGAACAGCCGAAUGCCACAGUCAGCGAAGUCAGGGCGGUUCAGCCAUCUGAUUGGCUGGAUCAAGGUGCUGCACAGCCAGCACAGGCGGAUCCAACGCGACCUGAUCCAACACAACCGGAUCCAACAGAUGAAACCAAGCAGCGGGAAUACGUGGAGUCUUUCUGCAGGAGACGCGAGCUAACAAGACCAGCCAGGAGGGACCUGUUCAGCUUGGAAACCUCUGCAGCUUAUGAUAUGGUUCACAGCUUGGAGGUUGACAAGAAAGGCCUAUCCUUGAAACCAGAGGAGUGGUCCAGGAUUCUCUCUUCACGAGUUGCAGCAAAAGCGACCGCUGGUGAACUGGAUCAGAGUUCGAUUGAGCGAAUUGAUUCGCUUAUGAAGGUUGUGAUGAGGGCAGCCAUUCUUUCGCAAGAAGCAAUCUCUGAGCUACGCUCAACUUUGCGAAAUCUCGCUCCAUCAGAGCUGGAAGACGUUUUGCGGGACAACAACUUCACAGAGCGCGUGCCGUAUGGCUCCAUUACGAACCCUGCGGCAUAUGUCCAUCGCAUGGCUGUGCGAACACGCAGGUGUCAGGUGGAAAAGUCGAUUCCCGACUUUGUGUCGCACUGGCGCUAUUCCAGAAGCACAGAGGGAGCAUUGCGAGACCUGUGCCGUGUCAAUCCCAGCCGAACAAAGCGGCUAAUGGAGAUGCACAAGGCCUCCCGCGGAGAAGCCAGCCUCCUCAAAGAUAUCCAGGCAGUGGAAGCACAAGGCAGAGGCUAUGUCUCGCGAACUUUCCGGUCUGCGCAUGCGGAGAAUCACAAGCAGCUUGAGAGUGAGUGGUCAGAUGAAGAAGCUCCAGCGGCUCCAGCAAGAGAGGCUUGGAGCAGGUGGAUUCCCAGCCAGGCACGUGCUAAACCGCAAGCGAAUGAGGUGGAACCAGGCCAGGCAAGCAAGCCAAGGAGCUCAUGGGAAGCUCCAAAUCUGGGAAUCCCAGAGUCAGCCGCUGACGCUGGAGCAAGUCCACGGGAGCCGGAGGAGCCGGAGGAGCCGGAGGAGCCGGAGGAGCCGGAGCGCCCCGACGAUGCUUCAGACACCUCUGAGGAGUCCGAUAUCUUAGGAGAACUGCCAGCUCUGGAGAACGUGUCGACCAUUCCCGUCACCGCUCCUACUCCCCGCACACAGUUGGCUGCUCACUACGUGAUUGUCCUGGAUAUCUCUGGCAGCAUGUCCAAUCGCGACUGCGUGCGCCAAGACGGUUCUGUCCAGGAGCGCAUCCAAGCAGUCAAAGAGCAUCUGAGUCUUCUGACACGUGACAUUGAAAAAGGGCAGCAGAAGCAUCUCCCAGACACAGCGUCUUCUGAUGUAUACUCAGCGGUGGCGUUCAACAGCCGAUAUCGUGUGCUGUUUGCCUUGGAAACUGCCUCCGCUGCAGCAGAGAUGCUGCAGAGGCAUCCGAUUCACCCUGAGGAGCAAACUUACUACACCUCUGGCCUGGAAGGGAUCGAAACUUGCGUCCAGCGUGCUGAGAGGUGCCCCGAGACUCACGGGAGGCCCACCUAUGUGCUAUUUUUCUCAGAUGGUGACCCUUGGGAUCCACCAGAAUUUCUGGCCAAGCUGACGAGCCUCAUGAAGAGUUCCAACAAGAUUCAGAUUAACACGGUGGCCUUUGGACACAGUGCAGACAGCGCCCUUGACUUCCGUUGCCACUUGAAGCAGCUCGCAGAUGUUGGAGGUGGCAUUUGCACACAAGCAAGUACUUCUGUGGCCUCCCUCCGCGGAGCUUUUCGUGCAGUCAGGAGCACAAUCACCACCAGCCGUCGCAGGGACAGCCUUCAGGCAUCCUCUGGGAGGUUGGCUUCAUCGAGCGGAGCUCCAGCAGAUGCUCAGCGCAAAGUGCAGCGAGUAGAGGUUCGUGAUGAGAGAGGACGUUGGCAUGCGGCCCACGUCAUUAAGCUGAAUCAGGACAGGACAGUUGAGGUUGAAGUUCUUGGCCAGCAGGGUUCGAUGUCUGUUCCAUAUGCUCGAAUCUGGUGGCCAUCCUCCCAGGGAAGCAGCUCGCCAUUGGAGUUGGAAUCUGCGGAUCCCAGAUCUUUCCUCACUUCUGCAGAUGUGUGGAGUGGAUGGGAGCAGGGCAAGAGAGCAUGGCGUCGCCAGUAUCGCUUUGAUGGCAAGCGCUUUCAGAUCGGAGAAGUGGAAGAGACGACAGUUUGGAGGCGGGUGAAGCAGCUCGGCUCACCAUAUUCGCCAUGGCUCCCGGAGAUGACACUGUCAUCGAGUCAUGCACUUCAUGACUUCACGAUGCAAAUGGCAAGCUAA